CUCUGUAGUGUUUACAUGGUAGCCAUUCCUGCAGUGAUCCAGGCAGGCUCAGAGGCCAAGCUUUGUGCCAGUCUUCUGCAGCCCAACGAGACCCUGGUCAUGACCAUAUCUCUGAUUGUUGAUGAGCAGAGCAGAAUUCUUCUCCAAGAGAGUUCUGACCAAGAGUUUCACCGCUGCUUCCAGUUUCAGGCCCCUCAUGUGGAGAGUGAGGAAGUGCAAAACUUUAAGGUGGAGGUUCGAGGUGAAACGUUUCUAUCGACAGAGGAGAGAAAGGUCAUGAUCAAACCGUACAGCCCGAUGACAUUCAUCCAAACGGAUAAACCAAUCUACAACCCAGGACAAACAGUGCAGUUUAGAGUGAUCAUCUUGGAUACCAGUUUUAGCCCUGUCAAUCAGCUGUACAAUGUUGUGGAACUUGAGGUAAGACCCUUAUUAGUCUGUCAAUUUAUGAUGAGUGUCACUAAAUACUACAACACGAUAAGAAGCAUGAGAGGGGCCGACGAGAAGAGGAGCUCACAGCACCGCAUGGACCUGGCACAUAACCUGGUUGCCCGCCAUAAACUCCGGGGGGGAAAACGAGAUCCGGAGGUGCAAAGGCUUAUGGCCAAAGUGACAGUUAUUGAUGGGAAGAGGCUACAGGAUGAGGGUAUUACACGCUCAGAGGAAAAACACAUAGCGCUCUCCUAUGUGAUUGGAAAACUCACGUUUGUCGACACACCCAAAAUCUAUGAGCAUGGAUCAAUUAUCGAGGGCAAGAUAAACGUUGUUCACUUCAACAACACACCUAUCUCUGACAUGUUAGUCUACCUAUUGGAGAAGAAAGGCUGGUCCUCACAUCGUCUCCAGAACCUAACCACGGACAGUCAUGGUAUUGCCAGUUUCUCCCUCAACACAACCACUAUGCCCAAAGAGGAUAUUAACCUCAUAAUAAGCAACACACCAGAAGCGGAGCACACUAGAUACAGGGUCCCCUAUUUCAACAGAGGGCAACACAUACUCUCACUGAUCCAGCCCACUGUCCCUCACAGUAAAACGUCCAGCUCUCUGGCUAUUCAGAAGAUAGAGAAACCACUGGCAUGUGGGGAGGAAGUGUCAAUCACCAUCCAGUACGCUAUCGUAGGGGAGACCGUCUCAAAGGGCUCCGUGGAUGUCAUCUCCCUGGUGAGUAGAACCAGAAACAAGUUUUUAAUUAAGUCAUUCUGGACGUACUGGGAGGUGCUUGAUGACAAUGACAGUGUGACAUGCUCUUACGUUGCGGUAACUGAGGGUGAAGUCACCUUGGCAGUGGUUCCAGAGAUGGCGUCGUUGGUACAGGUCCUGGUGUACAGUUUGCUCCCCAGUGAGACUGUCAUCACCCACAGCAUGAACUUCCCCACUGAGAAAUGCUUCAGGCACAAGGUGUGUGUGUUUGUGGAGUUCUCACCCUCACAAGCAGUCCCAGGGGAGAAGAACACGCUGCAGCUCUCGGCCCAGCCCGGCUCCCUCUGUGGCCUCAGCACUGUGGACAAGAGUGUUCACAUCAUGGAGCCAGGGAAGAGGCUGGAUGCUGACAAGGUUUCCUGA